AUGCACAUCCGGCCCUCACCCCCGAAAAAGACUCGCCCUCGCCCAGGUCUUCUCCACGAAUACGCCGAGCGCCUCGUCGCAUUCGAAUAUGCUACUUCAGGACACAUAAAACCACAUACCCUCCUCUUCAUCCCGGGGCUCGGUGAUGGCCUCGGCACAGUCGCAUACCUAGAUGAUAUUGCUGCGGCGCUGGAAAACACAGAAUGGUCGGUUUUCUCGCCGGUUUUGUCUUCGUCGUAUGGCGGGUGGGGGAUGAGUGGGCUGGGACGGGAUAUUGAUGAGAUGGCGCUUUGUCUGGAGUACAUUAUGGAAUAUAAACGGGGCGCGGAAUUAGGGUCUACGGCAUCGCAGUCGACAGGGACAGUUACAAGUACAGGUACAGAAACAGGGACAAGGGGAAGUUCACGGCCUAAGAUUGUUAUCAUGGGCCAUUCAACGGGGAGCCAGGAUGUGCUGCAGUAUAUUAGCUCGAUCAACCCGCGGCAUCCUCACCCUGUUCUAGACCGCGGGGGAUCAGCGCCGCCGGUGUUAAGGCCGCAGGUUGAUGGGGCGGUUAUGCAAGCUCCAGUUUCGGAUCGGGAGGCAAUUCUGACUGUUUUGAAGGAGGGAAAUCGUCGACAUACGGCGGGGGAGAUGCAGAGGAUCUGUGAUCGUGCGAUUACGGGGGCUAGGCAACAUACGUUUGAGGGUGAGCUGGAUACGGUUGUGCCGUUACAAUAUACAGCGAGUAUUGGGUAUCCCGGUAGCACGGCGAUUAGUAGUCGGCGGUUUCUGAGUCUGGCGAGUCCGGAUAGUCCGCGAUCGCCCGGUGAGGAUGAUCUGUUUAGCUCGGAUUUGGGGGAGGAGCGGUUGAGGAAGACGUUUGGGAUGGUGCGUGGGAGGGGCAUUCUGAAGGGGGCUGAGAGUUUGUUGGUGCUGUAUUCUGGGAGUGAUCCGUCUGUACCGUGGCAUGUUGACAAAGAGGGUUUAUUGAAGAGAUGGCGAAGGGUUACUGAUGCGGAGCGGGGGAUAUGGCAUGCUGAGAGUGGGAUUAUUCCUGGGGCAUCUCACACGCUUGAAGGGCCGGGUCAAACUGAGCAGCGGUGGAUUCUGGUGCAUAAACUGCGCGUGUUUUUGGCUGAUAUUGAGAACGAUGUGCCAAAAUAA